UUGGUGUCUUUGAAGCUUGCGAACGUAGGGUUGUCGGAUUUGAAUCCCGCGGUUGGUGUUUCUCUGCCUUGUCUGAAGAUCUUGCAUCUAGCAGACGUUUCGUACGAUGAUGAAGAUCCUCUGUUCAUGGAGAAGCUCAUCUCUGGUUGUCCUGUUCUUGAAGAGUUUGCCUUGGCUUUGCCUUACGAUUAUCAUGAGCGCCAGAAAAAUGUGUCGUCUCUGCGUGUGAAGUCUCAGACUCUUAAAAGCUUUAUUUUCUCAUUUGAUACUAAUGACACUGAUACUGUUUUUACCUUUGAGAUUGAUGCUCCGAACCUCAAGUAUAUGUACUUCAGUGAUGAUCAAUCUGAUAGGAUUGUGCUGAAGAAUCUGACCUCUCUUUCCAUGAUCGAGAUCGGUAGUGAAUUUCAUGUUGACCGUGGAAGCACUUCGUAUAGAGAGAGGAAAAAUGCUAUCCGUGAUUUUCUCAAUGGUAUCUCUACUGUAAGACAUAUGAUCAUCUCUGAGUCUACUCUAAAGGUCCUCUUUCAUUAUUCCGAACUGGGACGGAUUCGCAAAUUUGAUAACGUGACUCGUUUGCAAGCUGAAAUUUAUAGUGACAUGUUAGAACUAAUUCCAGCCUUUCUAGAGAGCUUCCCAAACCUGAAAAAUCUCAUAUUGGACGUUAUUGUUGUUACAAGGGAAAUCAAACUUAGUGGUGUACCCCAGUUUAUGGUAUUGAAUCUGGAGUGUGUUGAGAUCAAAUUAAAAGACGUUAUGCUGGAUGAACCCGUGAAGACACUUGUGAGGUAUUUUCUUGAGAAUUCAGUAGUUCUCCAGAAACUCAUUCUGUGUUUCAAAGAGUCUUCUGAAGCAAUGAAAGUUUAUGCUAGGGCAAAGAAAGCUUCUUCUAGAGCAAAGAAAGUUUCAGAUAUCUUCAAGGAACUUAGUACAUUCACUAAGCUUUCUCCUCGCUGUGAGAUCAUCACUAUUGAUUUAGGGAAUCUUUUGUUAUGA